AUGGGAGCAAUAUUUAGUGGAAACACACCAUUAUUACAAGUGGCGGAACCAAAACUCAUUCAACAAAUUCUUGUUAAAGAUUUUCAUGUAUUUGUGGACCGAAAUUCAAUUUCUCUAAGCAGUAAACACCCGAUUGUGGGGAAGAUAUUGCCUGAACUUCAAGGGGAAGACUGGAAGAGAGUCCGAUCCAUAACUACUCCUGUAUUCACUUCCGGCAAAAUGCGGAGAAUGUAUCCAUUGGUCAGACAGUCUGUGGAGGAGUUUAUGAAUGCAUUGAGUGAAUAUUUGAAAGAUAAACAUGAGAUCAACGUUAAGGAUAUGUACGGCUGUCUAACUAUGGAUGUGAUCGCGAACUGCGCUUUCGCUGAUGCUUUCAAAGUCCCAAACAAUGCAUUUGUAGUGAAUGGAAGAAAUGUGUUUAAAAUUCCGUCCAGGAAAGAGCUAUAA